UCGCUUACUAUAUAAUAAUUAAAAACUAACGAGAACUUUUGAAGCAACACUCGUGUGUUAAAAGAAACGUGGAAAACCGCGAACUUGCGCGCGCAGGCUGGCAACAGGUAAACGUCAAGUAGCGAGCCUGUAACAUAGUGGGGGUGAUUAGGUUUAAACGAAAGAAAGAGAAAGAAGGAAAGAGAGUGGGAAAAAGAAAGAAAAGAGUAUGGCUGUUAGUGGUAGGGGGCAGGUGCUCUUCUGCACACUGGGAACAAACAACUGGUCGUAGAAAAAGACAGAAAGAGGGAGAGAAAAAGAGAGAGUGAGAGAGAAAAGUGUUGCGGUCGAGCUGACUUUCCGAGGUGGGGAUCGAACAACCCGAGGACUUGCUAUUAGGUUCUCCUCUUUACGAUCGACAGUCGAGUGCAGGAAGUCGAUAUCGUAGCAGGUGUCUCGAAGGAUUGUCUUCUUCGUUUGUCGUGUUUCUCAAAAUUAGCGUGCAUUACCUGUUACAUUAUUUUUUUUGUUUCUUUUUUUCUUUUCUUUUCUUUUAUUCGAUUUAUCGAUUCGACUUUUUUUAGUAUUCUCAUUUGUACCAUCUUCAUUGUGUACCAGUGUGUGAUCGUGAACGUGAUCAUGUAUAAAAUUCCUUUAUAAAAAGGAUAUACUAAUAAAACGAAAUACUUGUUUAUAUUUUAUUACGUCCAUCAAUAGGUCCAUGGAACCCUCCUGGAAAGAGAUUCCGUUGUUGUACCGUUAAAGGACAUCUAAGAUGACCGCGAGGAAUACUCGUUCGAGCGUGAAACGAAGCCCAUAAUGUCGAGCUUUGACGUUGCCAAGAUCGAUAGUGAGAGAGAACGAUUCGAGGAUCAUCACAGAAAUUCUAACAUUCUUAGUCGACCGCCGUGAUUUUCAAAAGAAAACUUUGACAACCAAACUAUUUCUUAGAGAGAUAGAAAGAGAGAGAGAUAAAAGUAUCCAAAAAAAAAAAAAAGAAAAAAAGAGGAAGAGAGAAAGAAGAAAAAACCAUGUCUCAAUUUUCGACAAUAAUUAUUUUUGAACUCUUUAUAUUGAGUUCAAUGGUAAUUGGAUUAAAUAUAAAUGCAACUAAAUGCGGCACAUUAUAUUGCACAAGUUUGGAAUAUUGUAGUGCAGUCGAUACUUUGUGCAGACCAUGCUCGACCAUUUGUAACCCAGACGAUCAUAAUCAUCAACCCGAAGAUUGUCGGAGAGAUUGUCAAGAAUAUAUUUAUGAUCAACGGUACGCCCUCCGUAAAGAAUUAAAUCAGUACGCCCUCCGUGAGGAACUGAACCAGUACGAUCAGCUCAGAGGAGAAGUCGACAGGCUACGUAUUUUGUUAAGCGUUACAUUAACAUUAACGUGUUUGGCUAUUAUGGUCAUAGUUUUUCUUCUAAUCAAAACUUUUGUACGAUGCAACAAAAUUGGAAACGCGAUACGUAACGUGUUCUCCAAAAAAUGGGUCAAGAAAGCGACUAACAACAACAAGGUACAGGAUGAUGUAGAAAAUGGUAACGUAAAAAAUCCGAACAAUAAUCAAAAUAAUUUGAAAUUGACUAUGCCGACGAUAAGUGCAACCGUAUCUUCCUCGGAGGAUAAUUCAAACAGCAAUAGUACACCUAAUACAACUAGUACGCCUCUUUCAAGGAGACAUCCUAGCGAAGAUACAACUUUAGAUUACGCUUACGAUAAUCCUGCCAUGACACCGAGCCCUGAAGCUGCACAGCUUCGUACCAAACGCGAGAGUUCCUUUUAAUUAUCUCGAAACAAUCUACGUUCAAACAAAAACAAAUAUUCAUCCUCCUGUUACUUUUUAACAAACAACAAAAAUACCAAAAUGCAAAAGUGCAUAAUUACCGAUCGAAAACUUCUCGAUGGAAUAUAUUUAACCUUUCUUUUUUUUUUUUUUUUAAUUUAUUUCUUCUCUCCACGAUAAAUCAUAGAAAAAUAACAAUA